CUUGGACUUUUGUAUAUGGCUGGUGUGCUUGGCUCUGGGAGACAAAACCUGGCUGAUCUUUGGGCUUCAGAUGGUAGUGGCACAGAUAUCUUUAGGUUGACUAUGUCGCAAAGACGUUUCCAUUCUAUACAAAGUAACCUUUGCUUUGAUGACAUGACUACGCGUGAUUCAAGAAAAUCAUUAGAUAAUUUGGCUCCAAUCCGCGAUAUUUUUGAAGCAUUCAUACAUAAUUGCCGCAAUNAUACCAAAAUCAUAGAUAUUAACCUUGAGAUUUACGCAGGAAAACAACCCGAAGGCCCAUAUUAUGUAACCAAUAAGCCAUUUGAUGUCGUGGACCGUCUCGUGCAGCCAAUUUCUAAAACAAACCGAAACGUAACAUUCGAUAAUUAGUUCACCAGCUAUGAUUUAGUAAAUCAUUUGCUUCAAGAACACAAA